UUUCAUCGCUAUGCGGCGCUAGUAUUUCAGUGUCCAUAAAACACAUCUUUAUUUGUAAAAGAAAUUAAUUAAGGAUUAAAAGGGAUUAAUACAUUUGUAGUUGAUAUUUAUAGUUACAUUAUAGCCUAAUUGACACCUCAACAUUCUUCCUUCAAGCGAUUAAUGCAAAAUGUAAUCUACGAUUUUAGGUUAUUUUUCUUGUAUUAGGUUAUAUUUUCAUUUGUAUGUAGAACGUAAAAUAAGAUGGCAUCCACGUUUGUAGUUAUAACCCGACAAAUAUCGACGUCAUCGAAAUGUCAUGGUAAACGUAAUUUUCGUAUGAUUACGCUGUACAAUAAACAGGGUAACCGUGCAUAUAAAGAAGCACGAGCCAAGGAUCCACAUUAUGAUAUUCCUAUUGACAGAAGAGGUGUAAAGCCAACAGGCAGAUGGAACGGCAAUCAAUGGGUUAACAUACCAGAAAUGAUACCAGAACUUGUUGUUCCUUCUCUGAAAGACUUUCAUUUAAAGCCAUACGUUUCUUAUAGAGUUCAGGAUGUCAACAAGCGUGAAUUCACCGCUAAAGACUUGUUUGAUUUGCACUAUGCUAAUAAAAUUAAGAAAGACUUCCAAGAGGGUCAAUUAGAUCCAAAUGGCGAACCAUUGAAUCCCAGUGAAUAUGAAAAACUGACACCCACAGAAGCUAGAAACCAGGCUGAGAGAACUGGUACAGAUAUUUUCGAAAUGGAAAUAAAACCGAAAACUUGAGUUUAACUUGAGUUGUAAAUUUAAAAAAAAGAACUAGGAUAAAUAAAAUAGCUUUGUAAUCUUA